AUGGAAGCUGCCAGCCCACUUGGGGCCUCCACAGCAGCGCUCCUGGCUCACCUGCAGCAGCGACGUGAAGCCAUGAGCGCAGAGGGCGUCCCCGCCUCACCACCCAGCGCCGGCGUCCGCACCUGCAUGGUGACAGAGGGCAAACACGCGCGUCUCAGCUGCUACGUGACGGGUGAGCCCAAGCCUGAGAUCUUGUGGAAGAAGGAUUGGCAGCUGGUGACAGAGGGACGGCGACACGUGGUGUAUGAGGACGCACAAGAAAACUUCGUGUUGAAGAUUCUGUUCUGCAAGCAGUCAGACCUCGGCCUCUACACCUGCAGGGCGUCCAACCUCGUGGGCCAGACCUACAGCUCCGUUGGUGGUGGUGCUAGAUCCCAACUCCUGCACUCUGGAGCCUCCUGUCCUCCGGUAUCCUCUGGCCCCUCUCACCAGCUGGUCUCCACAGAGCCUGCAGUGCCCUUCAAGAGGCGGCUGCAGGACCUGGAGGUGCAGGAGAAGGAGUCUGCCACGUUCCAGUUCGAGGUGCCACAGCCCACCACCGAAACUGCAUGGUUCAAGGAGGAGACGCGGCUGUGGGCGAGCGCCAAGUACUGCAUCAAGGAGGAGGGCACCGAGCACAGGCUGACAGUGCACAAUGUCUCGGCUGACAACGACGCUGUGUACACCUUUGAGACCACGGAGGGCAGCCGCACCUUGGCUGAGCUUGCUGUCCAAGGGAACCUGUCAGGGAAACUGCCCUGAAAAACAGUGGUGUGCGAGGGGGACACUGCCAUUUUUUGCUUGGAGCUGGCAGUGCCUGAGGGCCCUGUGCACUGGCUGAGGAACCAGGAGGAGGUGGUGACUGGUGGCCUAGUGGCCAUCACAGCAGAAGGCACGUGCCACAUGCUGAACAUCUUUCAGUGCAGCUUGGAAGACAUGGGUGAGGUGGUCUUCAUGGCUGGAGACUCCCGUACUUCCACCCAGUUCUGCGUGUCUGCCCCCAGGAGGCCACCUCUCCAUCCCCUUGUGGACCCUGUGGUGAAGGACAGAACAGAGAGUUCUGUGACCCUUGGCUGGUAUCCACCACCCCCAGGGGACCGCCCCGUGACCAUUGAUGGCUACCUGGAGGAGAAGCGGCGGCUGGGUACCUACAUCUGGAGCUGGUGCCACAAGAAUGAGUGGGUGGCAACACCUGAGCUCACCAUCACAGGUAUGACUGAGGAGGGUGACUUUCAGUUCAGGGUGUCAGCUGUCAACAGCCUUGGCCAGAGUCCAUACCUGGAGUUCCUGGGGACCAUCCACCUGGCCCCCCAGAUGGCAGUGAGGACACCCCUGAAGGCAGUGGCAGCAGUGGAGGGUGGAGAAGUCACCUUCUCUGUGGACCUUACUGUGGCCUCUGCUGGUGAAUGCUUCCUGGACAGGGUGGCUCUGAAGGCCAGCUGCACAUAUGUGAUCCGCUGUGAUCGCACCCGGCAUACACUCACCAUCCAAGAGGUGCCUGCAAGCCUGCACGGGGCACAGCUCAAGUUUGUGGAUGAGGGCAUUGAAAGCAGCAUUCGGAUGCAGGUCUGUCCGAGGCCAGGCAGGCUCCUGUGCAAGCCACCAGCGGUAGCCACUCGUGAGGUGCUGGCCCGGCUGCACGAGGAGGCUCAGCUGCUGCCUGAGCUGUCGGACCAGGCUGCAGCUGUGACGUGGCUGAAAGAUGGCCUUGUGUUACCUCCUGGCCCCAGGUACAAGGAACAGGCUUCAGCUGGGUGGCGGGCACUGCUGGUGCGAGACGACGUGGGGAAGGAUGACGCUGGCCUCAAUGAGUGUGUCAGCAGGAGCCGUGAUGCCUACCAACUGUCUGUGCAAGGCCUCACGCCCUUCCUACGCAAAAACACAGUAGGCGGCUGUGUGGAUGCUGAGGUGAGGGGCCCGGCGAGGUUUGUAUGUGAGACCGUGGAUGCCCACGUCCCCGUGUGCUGGUUUAAAGAUGGCAAGGAGCUGGGUGGCUCCUGCCAGCGCUUCUCUCAGUAGGACAUGAGGACCUGGCAUCGGCUAGUAGUGGCCUUGGUCAGCAGGCAGAAUGAGGGCACCUACUCCUGCCAUGUGUGUGAGGACUCUGUGGACUUCCACCUACGGGUCUCUGAGCCCAAGGCUGUGUUUGCCAAGGGACAGCUGACACACAGUGAGGUGAAGGCCCAGGCGAGGACAAGUGCCACUCUGAGCUGCGAGGUGGCCCAGGCCCAGACAGAGGUGGCAUGGUACAAGGAUGGGAAGAUGCUGAGCCAGAGCUCCCAGGUGUGCGUGGAGGCCUCUGGCUGUAGGCAGCAGCUGGUGGUGUAGCAGGCAGGCAAGACGGAUACUGGGGAGUACAGCUGCGAGGCCGGGGGCCAGAGGGUCUCCUUCUGCCUGGAUGUCAAAGAGUCCAAGGCUGUGUUUUCCAAGGGGCAGCCAGCACACAGUGAGGUGAAGGCCCAGAUGGGGGCCAGCACCACCCUGAGCUGCAAGGUGGCCCAGGCCCAGACAGAGAUGACGUGGUACAAGGUUGGGAAAAAGCUGAGCCAGAGCUCCCACGUGUGCGUGGAGGCCUCUGGCUGUAGGUGGCAGCUGGUGGUGCAGCAGGCAGGCAAGGCGGAUGCUGGGGAGUACAGCUGAGAAGCCGGGGGCCAGAAGGUCUCCUUCCGACUGGACGUCACAGAGCCCAAGGCUGUUUUUGCCAAGGGGCAGCUGGCAUGCAGCGAGGUGAAGGUCCAGGCAGGGGCGAGUGCCACUCUGAGCUGCGAGGUGGCCCAGGCCCAGAUAGGGGUGAUGUGGUACAAGGAUGGGAAGAAGCUGAGCCAGAGCUCCCAGGUGCAUGUGGAGGCCUCUGGCUACAGGCGGCAGCUGGUGGUGCAGCAGGCAGGCAAGGCAGACGCUGGGGAGGACAGCUGCAAAGCCAGAGGCCAUAAGGUCUCCUUCCGCCUGGACAUCACAGAGCCCAAGGUGGUGUUUGCUAAAGAGCAGCUGGCACGCACCGAGGUGAAGGCCGAGGCGGGGGCCAGUGCCACUCUGACCUGCGAGGUGGCCAAGACCCAGACACAGGUGACGUGGUACAAGGAUGGGAAGAAGCUGAGCCAGAGCUCCUGGGUGUGAGUGGAGUCCUCUGACUGUAAGCGGCAGCUGGUUCUCCGCCUGGACAUCACAGAGCCCAAGGCAGUGUUUGCCAAGGGGCAGCUUCCACACAGUGAGGGGAAGGCCCAGGCAGUGGCCUGCACCACUCUGAGCUGUGAGGUGGCCCAGUCCCAGACAGAGGUGACGUGGUACAAAGAUGGGAAGUAG